UAUGUGACCAUAAGUCCCGAGGUCUUUAUAAAAGCCGUAGGUUUGUCUUGUAAUUUCACACCACAACACCAUGAGGAGAGCUGCUUUAUUUCUACUGCUGACCAGUCUCUUGGCCAAUGGACAAGAGUUACGCUGGGAAAACAGCUAUGAUCAGCCUCUAGAUUUUAAGUGCCCUCCAGGACAGUCAAUAUCCUACAUAAAGAGUGAACAUCAUAAUCAUCACGAGGACAGGCUGUGGGAGUUUGGUUGUAAAGACACCUUUGAUUCGGGUUCAGACUGUUUCUUGUCACCUUACGCCAAUGAUUUUGACCAACCGUUAAACUUUGUGUGUCCACCACACCACAUCAUGGCAGGAAUGAGCAGCUACCACAACAAUAAGCAUGAGGACAGACGGUGGCAGUUUUACUGCUGUAGAAGUAACGGCCACUGUACUGCUAACUGUGAGUGGACUACUUAUGUGAACUGGUUUGAUGAGUAUUUCCACUGGAAUGUACCAAACCAGAACUACCUGGUGGGUGCUGAAAGCUACCAUGAAAAUAAACACGAAGACCGGCGCUGGAAGUACAUGUACUGUACCAAAGUGCAAUGCUGAGACACUCACAAAUUCCUCCAAAUGCAAAUACACUAAAAUUCAAAUCUGAAAUAAACACAAGAUGGAAA